AUGAAACGUGCCACGUCUUCCGAAAGUAACAACCCCACAAAGAAGCAAACUGUGCAUCGAGGAAGGUGGAAUUAUAAGAGAGAGCUGACCUUGAUGCUGGCGUACAACAAGUAUCACUCCUAUUCUCAGCCCCAUUAUAACACGACGGCAGCAUGGCAGAAUAUUAUCGUUGCUGUUAAUGCUGUCAAAAGUGAUGACCUGAACCCACUGAAUGAGACGUUAAUGGACCUGCCACAGGAUGAAAGACAUCUUCAGGCAACCCCUAUGCUGAAAACAGCACUUGGAAGAGCCACUUAUCAAGCUAUGAGAGAAGAAGAUGCAUAUAAAGAUAGAAAGAUGCUUGACGAAAAAAGAGGACUUGCCAAGAAAAAGUCGGAUAAACGCCGAGGAGAUGAGCUGAUGCAUAUGGCUCUAUAUGGCACAAAAGGAUCCAAGACGGACAGUACAACGAAAACCUCUUCGGAACAGCACGGGGAUACUGUAGAAAAUGAGGAUGUAGACGAGGAUUAUGACGAGGACGAGGAAGAUGAAGAUGAGGGUAGUGUGACCGCCUCUAACUAUGGAAACGAUGGUCAUUUUGACACGCCCAUGAACAAAAAGGUUCUUAACAUUUUGGAGAUGCAAGAACUGCUUUUGGAUAAGCAAGAACUGUUUAUGGAGAAGCAAGAAACUUUUAAUUGCAAGUUUGCUCUUCUUUUACAACAGCUUGUGGAGAAACAUUGUGUUUACGUUGAUAGAACAGAUAAAUUACCAUAA